ACCAAUUUGUUUUGAUUUUACUGACGGUGUUUUCCUGGAUUCACGUGUUGCGCAGAAAAAAGAUUUUCCCGCUUUUACUUUGCAAUUUGUUAGGAAAUUAAUAGAGAAGUCACUAUGAGAGUUGUGGGAUUGAUCAGUGGCGGGAAGGAUAGUAUUUUUAACUUGAUGCAGUGCAAAGCUCAGGGACACGAAUUGGUGGCUCUGGCCAAUUUGUAUCCGGACGAUGAACGGGAAGAAAUGGAUAGUUACAUGUACCAGACAGUGGGACAUGUUGGGAUUGAAUUGAUAGCCACAGCCCUGGACCUGCCGCUGUAUCGGCGAAAGACGAAGGGAGUUUGUGUCCAGGAUGGGUCAGUGUAUACUCCUGACCAGUCUGAUGAAGUUGAGGAUCUCUAUUCUUUGUUGGAGGAAGUGAAGGUUGUUGAGAAGGUGGAUGCUGUGGCAUCGGGGGCUAUUCUGUCGGAUUACCAGAGAUGCAGGGUGGAAAAUGUUUGUGGGAGGCUGCAGUUGACGUCACUCUCCUACCUCUGGAGGAGGAAUCAGACGGAACUGUUGCAGGAAAUGAUUGACAGUGGGAUGGAGGCGAUUGUGAUAAAAGUAGCAGCUCUGGGGCUGGAUCCUGAGAAGCACCUGGGUAAGUCAAUCAGGGAGAUUCAGGGGCAUAUGAUGAAGUUGAAGGAAUCCUUUGGAGUGAAUGUUUGCGGAGAGGGCGGAGAGUAUGAGACAUUCACGCUGGAUUGUCCACUGUUCAAGUACCGGAUUGUUGUUGCUGACAAGAGAAUUGUAACGACAUCUGGCGAUGUGGGAUACAUUGUCUUCGAGAAGCUGGCUUUGGAGAGUAAGAGCCCAGAAGAGAUGAAAGACUUGAUACCCAAGAAUUUGUCCUACAAAUCAUACGACUAUGAGGAUUUGGCUACCUCGGAAGUCAUUCAGAGGACGCAGGAAGAAUUUGAGUAUCCUUUAAAAGCGAGAAGUUCUUCCAGAAAUUCCGUCGGAUGGAUGUGGCUGCCACAAAUCCACGGAAGAGGAUCCUGCAGCAAAGACGGAGCAGAGGAUGCAAUGGAGGCCUUGAGGAAGAUGUCUGAGGAUCUGGGGAACUUCACUCUGAGAGACAUCAUCGCUGUCAAUAUUUUCUUGAAGGACAUGAAAGAUUUUGCGGAAAUUAAUAAAAUCUACUCAGCCAAUUUCAAUUUCCCGAAUCCUCCGAGUCGAGCUUGCGUAGAAACCAAUCUCCCGGAAGGUCUCUGGAUCAUCCUGGAUGUUCUGGUGGCCGUUACUGCAGAUCCAAGCAUCCCCAGGGAUUGUAUUCACGUGCAAGGAAUCUCCCACUGGGCCCCUUCAAAUAUCGGACCCUACAGUCAGGGAAAACUCUGCGGAGACAUAGCCACAAUUUCUGGGCAGAUUGGAUUGAUUCCCGGAUCAAUGACCCUCCCGCCAGAUGGGAAUUUCCCAACCGAAUGCAAAUUAUCGCUAAGGAAUGCAGAUUGCGUUAUUCGUGCCUUGGAUUGUCAUCGCAGCCUCCGAGACGUUUCAUAUGCAAUUUGCUACCUCAGCCACUCAAAUCUCAUCCCCAGGGCCAUGGAGCAAUGGCAGACGCUCUCUUCGCACGCAAUUGUCGACUACGUGGUGGUCCCUUGCCUCCCCAGGAAUGCACAAAUUGAGUGGCAAGUCCUCCUUCAUUCCCCAGAGUCCUCUCAAAACUCACACAAGCGUGAUGAUUCUUCCCACACCUCCAAUGGCUUCACCCUCAAUCUCCAGAAAUUAUCCAGUCCUAAUAAUUUUGAGAUUGUCUCAGGAACUAUCUCCUCAGUAAAUGAAUCCUAUUCCGAAAAUUGCUCUAAAAGCCUCGAAGACCUCUUCCAGAGAAUAUUGAGCAAUGCUUCUCUCGAGGAAGACAACAGAGCCACUCGCUGCAGAAUAUUCUCCAAAGAUACUCACAAUGGCCCUACAGAACUUUUUCUAGAACUAUGUCAAAGAAAAAAGCUGAAUUACGUCCUAAUACCCGCAAAAGGUUUGACUGAUAAUGGGAUUGCAACGAUAACUUUUAUAAAAUUUGCAAAUUCAACUUCCGAGAUAAAAGACUUGUAGCAUGUUUUAAUAAAAGACAAUAAAAUCUCUCUUUAGUUUUCCAAAAGACUAUUUCAAUCAUUUUCAUACCGAAUUAAAUUAUUAUUGCAAUUGAAAAUUAAAUAAAUUGCGUUUGAAUAAAAA